AUGGAAGAAAAAGAAGGGAAACAAAUGUCCCUCUAUGGGAAGUUUAUUCAGUCGCCUGUGGAUAUGGCAGAGUCGUGGAAGAAUGUUCUUUGUAGGACAGAAAAUAUUCGUCGUAAUCACUUGGCAAAUAAGGGAGAUGGUUCGUCUCUUUGGCCCGGAAUAAAACAGUGGUCAAGAAACGAAUUGGAGGAUAAGAAAGAUUCCUACUUUGGAAAGAGAACUAGAAACACUGUGGUUGAUACAUGUUCAACUUAUGAACGGCUGUUCCAUCCAAGCACCCAAGCAUACGAUAGCAAGAUUCAUCGUGAUGAUCGCAACAACACACUGAAAAUCGGGAGAGCCGUCUACGACGAGGAGAAAAAGAGAGUGUUGCCUUUACUAAGUUCUUCUGUGUAUGGCCAGAGGGCGUGUCAGUUGUUUGAGCCACCGUGUAGAGCACAUGUUCGGAUUGCGCACAUUGCGCAGAGCUUCUACCGCAAGCGCGGAACAGGACUGCCCCCUAUCGAGAAACCGUGAGAGGAUGUAUAGAAAGCAACAUUAUAUUACUUAUAUGUUAAAAUGCUAUUUGAAUUGUACUGAUAGUAUCCAAAAAGAAUUGUAGAAAUGAAAUACAAUGUAUAGUAAAAAUAAAGCAGUUAUUUAUAGAAAGUUUUAACU